UUCUGGUUAUUUUUGCCAACAGGACUACAAUCAUGUCAGACAAAGACAAGAGUGAGCUCAAAGCAGAACUAGAGCGUAAAAAACAGCGCCUGGCUCAAAUCAGAGAGGAAAAGAAGAGGAAAGAAGAGGAGAGAAAGAGAAAAGAAGCUGAUCAGAAAAAAGAAGUGGUACAGAAUGAAGAACUGGACAUUGAGAAGAAACGCAGGGAAGCUGAUGCCUUGCUACAGAGCAUGGGUAUAACAUCCGAGCCCUCUAUUGUCCCUCCUACGUCUCCUUCCUCGAAAUCGGUGAGUACACCAAGUGAGGCUGGAAGCCAGGACUCCGCUGAUGGCACUCUUGGGGCAAGACGAGCGGUUAAACUGGGGAUGGCAAAAAUCAUGCAAGUAGAUUUCCCUCCACGAGAGAUUGUGACGUAUACAAAGGAAACUCAGACACCAGUGGCUGCACAGACAACUGAAGAAGAAAAUGAAGAGCAAGAGGAAAUUGCAGCACCUAAAGCCGCAGUUGAACCUGAACAAGAGAAACUAGUACAGAAAGAAGAAGAUAAAGAAGGUGCAGCACGGGAACUCUCGGAAGAAGAAAAACUACAAAUUAUUCACUCUGAUGAAUUUGCCAUCUUCUUUGAUCAUAGCACCCGAAUAAUUGAACGGGCUCUUGCGGAACACAAAGACUUGUUCUUUGACUACAGUGGCAAGGAUUUAGAAGAGAAAGAAGGAGAACUCCAGGGAGGAACAAAACUUUCUCUGAAUAGGUCUUUUUUUGAUGAGCGCUGGUCAAAACAUCGUGUUGUUACAUGCAUGGAUUGGUCACCUCAGUAUCCAGAACUGCUUGUUGCCUCAUACAAUAACAAAGAAGAUGCCCCCCAUGAGCCAGAUGGUGUAGCUCUUGUGUGGAACAUGAAAUUUAAGAAACCCACCCCAGAGUACAUCUUCCAAUGCCAGUCAUCUGUGAUGUCAGUGUCCUUUGCACGGUUCCAUCCAAACCUAGUAGUUGGAGGAACCUGCUCUGGUCAGAUUGUCCUGUGGGAUAAUCGCAGCAACAAGAGGACACCAGUGCAAAGAACCCCACUCUCUGCUGCUGCUCACACGCAUCCAGUGUACUGUGUGAAUGUGGUUGGCUCUCAAAAUGCUCAUAACUUGAUCAGUGUUUCUACUGAUGGCAAGAUCUGCUCGUGGAGUCUGGAUAUGCUUUCUCAACCACAGGACAGCAUUGAGUUGAUGCACAAGCAGUCUAAGGCUGUUGCUGUCACUUGCAUGUCCUUCCCAUUGGGUGACGUGAACAACUUUGUGGUUGGUAGUGAGGAAGGCUCUGUUUACACGGCCUGUCGUCAUGGAAGCAAAGCUGGCAUUAGUGAGAUAUUUGAUGGUCAUCAAGGACCAAUCACAGGUAUCCACUACCAUACCGCAGCAGGCCCUGUCGACUUCUCUCACCUCUUCAUCACCUCCUCCUUCGAUUGGACAGUCAAACUGUGGACCACUAAGAACAACAAGCCGUUAUAUUCGUUUGAAGACAACUCUGAUUAUGUUUACGAUGUCAUGUGGUCCCCUACCCACCCUGCCUUGUUUGCUUGCGUUGAUGGAAUGGGACGCCUUGAUUUGUGGAAUCUCAACAAUGACACAGAAGUGCCUACUGCAAGUGUUACAGUUAAUAGCAAUCCCGCACUGAAUCGUGUGAGAUGGGCACAGUCUGGAAGAGAAAUUGCUGUGGGUGAUUCAGAAGGGCAAAUACUGAUUUAUGAUGUUGGAGAGCAAAUAGCAGUUCCUCGAAAUGAUGAAUGGACACGUUUCGCUCGAACACUUGCAGAAAUAAAUGCAAACAGAGCUGAUGCAGAAGAGGAGUCCCUGGCAUGAAAGUAGCUUAAGAGUUCAAAGCAAGGUCUAAAUAUAGAGUAGGAACUAGAAGCACUUCCAUUAAAUGUACAGUUCAUACAAACCAUUCAAAACCUAGAUUGGCAACAUCUAAUUUAAUGGCAUAUGAAUCAAGGUGGAACAGACUAUUAAUUUUAUCUCAAUAGCAAGCUAAAAAAUACUUGGCUUAUUUGCUAUCAAGGCAACAUACACCAAUAGUUUUUUAAAAAAAAAAUGACUUGUGUGUUAAUAUUUAUUCAUAUGCCUUUAGAAUGAUGUUACCAUUAUGUACACCCCAUAUGGGGAGGGUAAAUAAGAGUACAUUUUAAAAAAUAAAAUUUCUUACAUCAUGGCAGGGAUUAUUAAGUGAUUGUAUUUUAUCAUCUACCACUGUACAAACUGCACUACUUCUGAACCUGUGGUUUUAAGCCAUAUUUUAUAUGCCUUCUGAUUUUUUGUAAUCGAGUAUGAGCCCAUUUUUUUUUUCUUCUGGACUAAGAAAAUUUGUGAGUGAAAUUCCACCCGGGUCAAGAUUAAAGUUCUUAAAUAUGGCUUCAAAAUUAAGGCUGUGUUUAAGAAUUUGCCAAAUUCUUAACUCUGAGAUGCUGCGUUAAUCCAGUAACUCUAGAACAGGUGGAAUUUUACUCCUGUUGUUGAAAAAAUCUGCUCCCAGGUCACUGUCACUGUGAUAUAGCUGCUUGAAGGCAUACUGCAGUCUAGGAUGUAUUCUUUUCUGCUCCAGUCUCACUUAAUGUCUUGUUCUGUGACCCCAUUCUUAAUAACAGUGGUUUAAACAAUUUUUCAUUUUCAAGUUUUUUUAAAAAAUUUCAAUCUGAUUUUUAACUGAGGUAACCCCCAAAACACAGGCUUCAUUUGUAUUCCAAUUGCUGACUUGUGCUGCUUUGACAGUUUGUAAUUCCAUGUACUCGGUACUCAAAAGGUUUUCACAAUUCCUCACUCAUGUUACGCAAACUCUGUGCUUUGAACUUUCACAAUUGGUGAAACCAUUUUUCUCAAAUAGAAACUUUGCUGAAGGGUGUAAUACAUUUCAUUGCAGUUUGUGUUAUUGGUUAAGUGUUGCUUAGAGAGUAACAUUGACACAACUGUGCUCAUAGCCUUUAGAAUUUCAUACCAUGUAACCUGAGCUGUAGUCUACCUUUAUUUGUAUACAAGUCACCUCGGUAUUUUAACCAGUUGUCAAAUAUUUAAAACUGCUGUGGUGAUACUCUGGAUAAUCUAAUGUGGUUUUUAUGUGAAGAUUGUGUUUAUGGUGCCUCUGACCUUAAAAUGAAUGGCUUUCCAUAAUGAGUUUAGCUUUUAAUGUCUCAUUAAGUUUAAACUUACACUUUCUUCCAUUUGUACCUUUGAAACACUGGGCAAUUUAUGAAUCAGAUCCCUAGCAAUUAUUGUAUCCCCAAUUUAAUGUAAGUGGUUUUGCUGGUUACAUAAUUUUGCCUUAUAACUUUACCAAGAUAACAGAAUUCCUUUCGACCAUGCUAGGUAGGAAGUAAAAUCUAGUACACAAUGAUUGUCAAGCACAAAAAACAAGUGCAAGAUUACAUGUAAAACUGAAAAUCCAUAACCAAAUGUUUUAAAGGGCUAUUUAAAAAAACAUCUUGUGACUUAGAUGAACAAAGUUAAUGUCAGUUUUACAUAUACCAAAAUAAACAAAUACAGGGAAAGAAAACUGGAUAUUUCAUGUGUGUAGUGUCUUCUAUGCUGUAUGACUAACAUUUUGGAAUUAAUCUGUAUGUUGAAUCAGUCAUAUAAAUCAAUCAUAAAAUGACAA